AUGAAGCUGGAGGUGUUCUCGCAGCACUAUGAGGACAAGCUGAGCGCCGGCAGCGACCAGGAAGGCAGCGGCUCGCUCUCCCCGGCUCCGGCUGACAGCGAGCUGGGCUCCGACGGUGACUGCGCGGCCAACAGCCCGGGCGGCGGGGCCGGGCGAUCGGGGCACCCCCCGCCGCCGCCGCGGACCCCGCAGCCGCCGCCACCGCCGGCCGAGAGCGCCAAGGGGAAACCCUACACGCGGCGGCCGAAGCCUCCCUACUCCUACAUCGCGCUGAUUGCUAUGGCCAUCCGCGACUCGGCCGGCGGCCGCCUGACCCUGGCCGAGAUAAACGACUACCUGAUGAGCCGCUUCCCCUUCUUCCGCGGCGCCUACACCGGCUGGCGCAACUCGGUGCGCCACAACCUCUCCCUCAAUGACUGCUUCGUCAAGGUGCUGCGCGACCCGGCGCGGCCCUGGGGCAAGGACAACUACUGGAUGCUCAACCCCAGCAGCGAGUACACCUUCGCCGACGGCGUCUUCCGCCGCCGCCGCAAGCGCCUCAGCCGCGCCGCCCCGCCGCCGCAGCCUGCCCGCUCCGCCGCCGCCUCCUCGCCGCAAGCGCCGCAGGAGGCGGCGAGAGCGGGAGCCGCGUCCCCCGGCGGUUCCCCGCGGUGCUGCUGCGCCUCCUCGCCCUGCAACUGCGCGCCGGGUGCCAAGGAGGCAGCGGUGGGGGGCGGCGGGGCGAGGGCGCCGGGCGGCAGCGCCAAGUUCUCCAGCUCCUUCGCCAUCGAGAGCCUACUCCAGCGGCCGGCAGGACCCCGCGCCGCCCCGCAGCCGCCACCGCACGCCCGCCUCCUCUGGCCGGCGCCGCCCGCGCCCCCGCACCUGCUGCCCGGCCACUACCCGCUGCUUCCCUACCCGCCUGCCGCGCAGCCCCCGCCCGCCACCGCCCUCUACGGCGGCGGCCUCCUGCAGCUCUGCGCCUACGGGCUGGGGGAGCCGUCGCCGCUGCUGCUGGGGGGCGGGCGGCAGGCGCUGUCCCCGGGGGAGCCGCCGCCGGCAGAGCGACCGCGGGUGCCGCUCUUCCCCGCCGCCCUCGCCAAGGGCGGGCGGGGGCCGCCGCCCGGCUCCCCGCUGUACGGGCCCCUCCGGCUGGCCGGGCCGCUGCCGCCGGCGGCGGGGGGCUCGGCCUCGUUCCAGCCGUACGCCGUGGAGACCCCCCUGGCUUAAUGGAGCCUCCCUCCUCCCCUGCGAGGGACCUGCCCGGGGAGGCGUGGAGGGGGGAAGGAGGAGGCUCUGAAUCCCGCACUUUAACUCCAGAGGCGACCAAAGCCUCCAAGCAAAAGCCUCGGUGACUGUGCCUUAGUGAAAAGACAGUGGGUUUAACUUAAACCAAAAAAAAAAAAAAAAAAAAAAAAAAAAAAAAAAAAAAAAAAAAAA